AAUAAGAAAAAGUGAAGACAAAUAAAUGCAAAUUAGUUUGUAUUAUUUCAAUCUAUAAAAAUAUAAGCUUCAAUUAUAUUUUUGAACUUUUGAAAGUUUUACAUUGUUCUUAGAAUGCGUUCCAAAUUUGAGAAAAACAUUUUUUAUAUUAUUGAUGCCGUUCUUUCCCUAAAAGAAAAGUCGAUCUGCCAUAUUUCCCUAAUGGAAAAGUUGUCGUUAUGAACAAGACCGUUCCUUUUUUCUUGGUGUAGUGGUCAAAGUUUCAGUUCUCUAACAUUGACAGAAGGUAUUGGUAAUGGCAGUGUACAAAAAAUACUUUACAAUUAGUUUUUUGCUUUCUAACUGCAAUACAUCAACCUUUUAAUAAAAAGAAACAUAUACAAAAAACAAAUAUUUUUUGAGUUUUUAACUCAACAAUUACUUAUAAUCUUCUCUCAAAUUUUGAACCUGAUCUUCAUAGAUGUUCCUGCAAAUGGUACCUAUUUUGUAAGUUAUGAAGCCAUAACCAAAUUAUUAGUAGAGAGUACUGGUUCUGAGUCAAAAUUCUUUGCUUCAGUUUUUGCUGGUGGGGUUGCUGGAAUGGCAUACUGGAUUUUAGGCAUGCCAGCCGAUGUGCUCAAAAGUCGUUUACAAACAGCGCCGGAAGGUACUUACAAGCGAGGUAUUCGUGAGGUCUUUGUAGAACUUAUUAAAACCGAUGGACCUUUUGCUUUGUAUCGUGGUGUUACACCUGUAAUGAUACGUGCUUUUCCCGCAAAUGCAGCCUGUUUUUUUGGUAUUGAGUUGUGCAAUAUGUUUCUUAAUUGGGUGGCUCCAAAUUUUUAAUAUUAAAUUUUAAAAUGUUUUUUUAUUUUUUAUUUUAAUUGGCAUGCAUUUUUUAUUUUAUAAUAAUGUUAACAAAAUUUUAUUAUAAAAAUAUAAAAGAUACAAUUAGACCAUUUUGAUUUUCAAAUUGUUUACAAAAUUUUUAAAGUUUUUUUUUUAAUUAAGAUAUUUAACAUUUUUGUAUAUUAUUAACUAAACUUAAAUUGUUACAAUAUUAUUGGUUAUCUUAAAUUAAUGUUUUUCUAGUGGCAUGUUUUAAGGAUAUUUAGAUGUUAUUACAAUUUUGUUUUUUAUUUAACAAAACGCUUUUAGUUUAUGUUUCCUUUCUUUAUAAGUUUGGCUGCCACAAAAACAUUUUAACAUUAAAUAUUUUUGUUAUUUUAAGGGA